AGUCAAUUAUUUCACCGACAACAGUCAUCAUGGCACAAGCUGAGACCCAACAACACCAAACAGGACUGGCUGUAAAACGAUCAUCAGCCGUAACAAUGGCACCAGCUAAAUUCCAGCUGACAAAAUUAUUUGUUGUACUGGUCAUUCUCCAGCAGGUGCGGCCAUCGAACUCUAGUUCUCCAGAAUGUCAAUGGCUUGAUAAAAAAGGGGAACAUAUUGACAAUGAAAUACUCAUUGUUCUUGAUCAGUUACAACCAAAAGAAGAGAUCCAAGAUGAUUGCUUUGAUGAAGUUCCUCAUUAUGGCUUUCCCAACAACAUACAUGAGCUGAAAGCUGCAGCCAUGGUGGUGCAUACAGUCUACAAUGAAACCGUGAUAUUCUACAGCAACUUUGCUAAAACACUCGGACUACCAGAGAAAGAUUAUGAGAAGCUGCUUUCCCUUCUGCGUUAUGUAAUGAAUAACUUGACUCCAUGUGUAACAAAUGCAGAGCAAUAUAAGAAUGUCACAGAACGCACAUCCAACCAAUACACAGAGUUCGAAAACUAUGUCCAGAAGUGGGGAAACACUGCAUGUGCCCAGAUCAUAAUUUGGCUUAUCAGCAAUAAUGUACAGGAGGCUGUUCAUCUCUCCUCUCAAAUGCGAAAAAUGCUUCUAAUGAGUAAAACCUCUUAACUUUGUUUCUAUGGC